AUGCGUUCAUUCUUAUUAGAACUAGCACAUUAUAUAACAUAUCAUAUUUAUUUAAUUGACACUAAAAAUAAUGAUAAAACAUUUUCAGACAUGGAAAAUUGGAUUGAAGAAAUUAAAUUAAAUAUUAAUGAAAUUAAAAUUGAUGAUGAACAAAUUGUAGAACAUAAAAAUGUUUCAGAAAGUUCGCAUUUAAUGCAUAAAAUACAAACAGCAAAAGUAAAGAUGUCUCAUAUUGUUGAUAGUGUAAAACGUACAGCAACAACAACAAUAUAA